CGUCGCAAUACGGGUGAGCUAAACAACCCGGAAGUUCUCGAUAUUGCUUGCGGAAGUUCUUGCACCUCAGUUCAAUGUGACUUUAUCGAAACAUUUCUGCAAAAUAUUAAGAUAAAAUGUUUCUCACCGCCGUGAACCUCGCUAAGGCCAAAUCGAAGACUGUUUUGGUGCAGAUGAUGAGUGCUGCAGGGACAGGUUACUGCUUCAACACCAAGAGAGGACGACUCCGAGAAAAACUAGUGUUGAGGAAACACGACCCUAUAGUGAACAAGCAUGUCCUGUUCCUCGAGAAGAAGAAGAUUCGCUCUCUUUAAACCUGGACUUUUCUCUUGAAGAAUUUCAGUCUGGUGGAUUUAAAUAUAAACUGUUUCAAAUAGCAAGUAGCUCUGAUGCAGCUAUGAGUAAGAGCUCUGAUCUACACUGAACCCUUCUGACAGAUCAGCAUUACAUGAAGCAUGACAACAUGUAACAGUGGAUCCAGACGUCCAAAUCCUAUGACGGAGUGAGAAGCACCGCUCUGAGAAGAAAUACUGCACUGGCUAAGCAUUUAUAUUUAGUAGUUUGUUUGUUUUUUCCAGUUUUUUGGGGGGGGAUUCUAAACAUAACUGUGUAAAAAUUAACAAGAAAAGAGAAAAAAAAGGUUGUAUCACAGAGGUGUAUUAAACAUUCUUUUUAAAGACAUUUAAAAACAAUGAAAUCGACUGGUGACACUGUUAAUUUAGUCUUUUUCUGUUAAAAAAAAUUAAAUUGAAUUUUCAAGAAUAUAAAGAAAAAUCUCAAGUUACUUAAGUUACUUUAUGUAUUUAAGUCUUGCAACCUUCCUAGCUAGUGAGUUAAGAUAAUAAAAGCUUUGUAUUUAAAAAA